AUGGACACAGACACAGAGAAAAAGUACAUUAUUCAAGAAGCUCGCAUGUUGUUUAGACAAAACCAACAGCUGUCAAACCCUGACAUGAUAAAAAGAUGCAUAGAUGAAUGUGAAGCGCGAAUAGAAAUUGGUCUUCACUAUAGAAACCCAUAUCCAAGAGCUACAUAUCUGCCUCCAUUAGGACUGGCAACCCAGAAGGGCAGAAUGCUGCGUGCUCAACAGCGCCUCAGAAAGCAGGCCAAGCCAGUUUACUUACAAUCUCAUGAUGAGACUUGA